AUGGCCACUGUGAUUCUACAUUGCCAAGUUUCUCCACCACCUGGUACUACCUCCGACAAAACGCUCCCUCUCACCUUGUUUGAUAUUCGCACGGUUGACACGUUUGCCAAACACCUCUUCUUCUAUGAUUUUACCAAUAUUUCCAAGAAUCAUUUUAUUGAAUCCAUCAUUCCAAGCCUUAAACAUUCACUUUCGCUCGCCCUCAAAUACUUCUACCCAUUUGCUGGAAACUUAGUAUUUCCUCCAAAUUCUGCUAAGCCUGAAAUCCGUUAUUUAGAAGGUGAUUCAGCCUCAUUAACCUUCGCAGAGUCGAGCAGUGAUUUUAAUCAUCUUACGGGGAAACAAACACGAGAUACGAGGGAAUAUCUCUCCUUUCUCCCUCGACUUCCACCAGAGACCAUGUCACAUGACACACUAGUAGCUCCAAUUUCGGCUUUUCAAGUAACACUCUUUCUAAAUUCGGGCAUUUGUGUGGGAUACCACCUCCGCCAUGCGGUUGGUGAUGGCAAUUCUGUCAUCACGUCAUUCUUAAAAACGUGGGCUUCAAUCACAAAAGGAGGAGGAGGUGAAGCAUGUUUGAGCGGUGAAUUCGUGCCAUAUUACGAUAGGACUCGGCUCAGGGACCCUGAAGGGCUUGAAGUGGAGACCAUUUUGUGGAAUUAUGUCGAUAAAACAGAGCAUGAAAGAUCAGAACCUGAUCAACUACUGCCUACCAAUAAGGUUCGAGCCACAUUUGUAAUCAGUCAAGCCACUGCUCAACAGCUCAAGACACUGGUGCUAGCCCGGUACCCAUCUCUGUCACAUACAUCAACUUUCACUGUUACAUGUGGAUAUGUAUGGUCUUGCUUAGCAAAGGCUACAGCAGCAUGUGGUGAAGACGAUGGUGAAAUGGUACAUUUCCUUUCUGAUAUAAAUUGUAGAACUCGAUUGGACCCGCCUUUGCCUGCAACUUAUUUUGGUAACUGUGUGGCUCAAUCCAUAGCUUGUGCUAAGAUGGCAGAGUUGAAGGGAAGCGAUGGUUUUCUGAUUGGAGCUAAAAGCAUAGGAGAUGCUAUUCAUAAAAGCCUGCACCAGGUUGGAGGAGUAUUGAAAGGUGCUAAGAAUUGGGUGUCAGAGUGGGAAGCAGCAUCCAAAGGUUGGUUUUUGGCAAGUUAUUCAUCACCCAGGUUUAAGAUGUACAAUAUUGAUUUUGGGUGGGGAAGACUUAAAACGAAUGAAGAACUUUCCAUUGAUGACUUCGAAGCAAUUUCAGUAGGUGAUGGCCCAAAAGAAGGCGAGAUUGAAAUUCUCGUAUCAAACGCCAAGCCUAUAAUGGAUGCUUUUACAUCCAUUUUCAGGAUUGGACUUCAAAAUUUAGAUGAUGAAGUUGAAAAAAUUGGAGCAAACCACUACAUGAGGAGUAAGAUCUAA